AUUUUACUGUCUAGCUAACGCACUACAUUAUAUAUUUACAUACAUCCGCACGAUGCUCUUUCCUUUUUCCGCCCGAAAGGCGAAUACAUCCGCUGAUUUUGUUGGCUUGCGGUCCGGAUUCAACUUUAUAAAUUGCAGGCGAAAUGCCGAGCUUUUGUCCAAGGGAUAUGAGCCACCGAAGGCGAUCAAAACAGGCACCUCCAUUGUGGGCAUCAUCUACAAGGACGGCGUUAUCCUGGGCGCCGACACUCGUGCCACCGAGGGACCCAUUGUUUCCGACAAGAAUUGCUCAAAAAUUCACCACCUUCAGGAUCACAUAUACUGUUGUGGCGCGGGCACCGCUGCCGACACCGAAAUGAUUACCCUGACGACCAGCGCCGAGCUGGAUUUGCACCGGCUGAACACCGAACGACGGGUGCCGGUAGUCUGUGCGAGCAUGAUGCUUCGCAGGACCCUCUUUCGCUACCAGGGUCACAUUGGUGCCGCCUUAGUGAUGGGCGGCGUGGACACGACUGGGCCGCAGCUGUACUGCAUCUAUCCGUGCGGUUCCAACGAUAAGAUACCCUACGCGGCCAUGGGCUCCGGCACCUUGGCAGCCAUGUCGGUGCUGGAGCACGGCUGGAAGCCCGAUCUCGACCUGGAGCAGGGCAAGCAGCUGGUCCGCGAGGCCAUCUCGGCGGGUGUGUUCAACGACCUGGGCUCCGGAUCCAAUAUCGAUUUAUGCGUGAUCACCGCAAAGGGAGCGGUUUACCUGAGAACCGAUACGAUUGCCAGCGAGAAAGGCGAGCGGUUGGGCAAAUACGGCAUUAAGCCCAACUCCACUAUGGUCACCUCGAUCUCCGUGCUGAGUCUGCAGGUCACCGAUGAGCGAAUCUAUGCAGUGGAUGAUCAACAGCCGGGCACCAGUGGCGUUCAGUUGGAUUCCCAGCAAGCGGAUGAGGAACUGCCCGAAGGAUCGCAGACUAAAUCACCAUAGACAUCCAUACCAUAUAUUUCAGUUCGAGCAAAUUAACCGUUAAAUAGCCACAUGGCUUUACAUAAAUGUUAAUGCAUUCACAGAAUGCAAAGAUUGCCUAG